AUUAUUAUUAUUAUUAUUAUUAAAAAUCAUUUAAAUGUUUUUAUAUGCAGCGGAGGCGGAGGCGACAGACGUUCAGACGGAGAUACUGAAGCUGGAGGUGACCGAGAGUCAGACAGACGUCACAGAUGUUCAGACGGAGACACUGAUGCUGAAGGCGACCGAGAGUCAGACAGAUGUUCAGAUGGAGGUACUGAUGCUUGAGGUGACGGAGAGUCAGACAGACGUCACAGAUUCUCAGACGGAGACACUGAUGCUGGAGGCGACAGACGUCACAGACGCUCAGACUGAGCUAGAGGUGACAGAGAACCAGAAAGACGUCACAGACGCUCAGACGGAGACACUGAUGCCGGAGGCGACAGACGUCACAGACGCUCAGAUGAAGAAGAAGAAUAACAGCGGCAGAAAGAAGCUGGUGAACAGCUGGUGUGUUCCUGAAACACUAGAGAUUCAACACGCUAAAGACGUCACACAACUGUACAGUGAGCUGCAGUACCGUGAGGACGGACGCCGUGACCUGUGUGUGAACCUGUAUUCACUGAUGCCCGACACGCGUGACACUGAGUUCGCUAGAGAGAUGACGGAGCUGCAGAGUGAGGUCAGGUACAGAGCGGACGGGAGGAAGAAGCUGUCAUGUAGUCUGUUCUCUCAGCUGCCCGACACGACCGACACGCAACACGCCAAGCACAUGACGGACCUGCAGAGCCACAACAAAUACAAAGAAGACGGGAGAAAAGAGGCUUCCACGAGUCUGUACACACACCUGCCGGAAACACUGGAGACGAAACACGCUAAAGAGGCGUACCAGCUGCAGAGUCAGGUGAUGUAUAAGGACGGACAGACGUCAGGCUCUCUGUUCUCCACGCUGCCCGAGACGCCGGAGAUUCAGUUCGCCAGAGAGAUCACAGAGACCAUCAGUGAGAACAAGUACCGUGAGCAGAGCCGGAAGAGCGUCAGCAGCUGCGUUUACUCUCAGCUUCCUGAAACGGCAGAGACUCAGUUCAGCAGGAGCGUCUCUGAGCUGCAGAGUCAGGUGAAGUAUAAGGCCGACGCGCAGCAGCAGAUGAGCAGAUCUCUGUACCAUCAGCUCUCAGACACUCCAGAAGCUCAACACGCUCGAGACGCCGCUCAGAUCCAGAGUCAGCUGAAGUACCAGCAGGGCCGGGCGUCAGUGACGGGCAGCAGUCUGUACUCCCUGAUGGCAGAGACGCCACAGAACGAGUUUGUGAAGCAGCAGAUGGAGCUCCAGAGUGAGCUGAAGUAUAAAGCGGACGUGAAGGAGAACUCCAGUAAUCUGUACUCGCUCAUGCCCGAGACGCUGGAGACGCAGCUCGCCAAACACGCCGCGGAGCUGCAGAGCCACGUGAAGUAUAAGGCCGACGCGCAGCAGCAGAUGAGCAGAUCUCUGUACCAUCAGCUCUCAGACACUCCAGAAGCUCAACACGCUCGAGACGCCGCUCAGAUCCAGAGUCAGGUGGCGUAUAAAGGCGUCAGGAAGGGCGAUUUCUCGGGCUCCUCCUUCACUGCGGUUCCAGACUCGGCAGAGAUGAAGUUUGUCCAGCAGGUCUCGCACAUGCUCAGUGAGAACAAGUACCGUGAGGAGGGCAGGAGGAGCCUCGCGUCCAGCGUUUACUCUCAGCUGUCCGACACGCCGGAGACGCAGUUCGCCAAAUCCCUGUCGGAUCUUCAGAGCGAGGUGAAGUAUAAGCAGCAUGUGACCGGCUCGCUGUACGCCACCCUGCCGGAGACGCUGGACACGCAACACGCCAGACACGCCUCCGACAUCAUCAGUGAGGUGAAGUACAGAGAGGACGGCCGGCAGAGUCUGUCCAGCCCGCUCUUCCCUCGACUGCCGGAGACGCUGCAGACGCAGACGGCGCGAGAGAUCGCAGACGCUCAGAGCGAGGUCAGAUACAAGCAGAAGGAUGAUCAGGUCAGUCUGUAUUCGCUCCUGCCGGAGACCGCCGACACACAGUUCGCCCGUCACAUGAGCGACGUCCAGAGCGAGCUCCAGUACAAGCAGGACGGAAAGAAGGAAGCGGAGAGUAAUUUAUACAGCCUGAUGCCGCAGACGCUCCAGACCGAACACGCUAAACACGCCUGCCAGCUGCAGAGUCAGGUGAAAUACAAAGAGAAGAACAGAACAGACGCGUCUCUCUACGCCCUUCUGCCCGAGACUCGAGACACGCGACACGCCAAACACGCCACAGAGCUGCGGAGCAAGCUGAAGUACAGAGAGGACGGGAUGAAGGAUCAGGCCUCGUCGCUGUUCUCUCAGAUGAGCGACACGCCAGAGACGCAGCGGGUCAGAGAUCUCAGCGCACUGCAGAGUCAGGUCCAGUAUAAGACUGAAGGGCAGAAGCUCCAGAGCUCCAGUCUCUAUUCUCAGAUGUCCGAGACUCCAGAGACGCAGUUCGUGAAGACGGUGACUAACCUCCAGAGCGACGUGAAGUAUAAGGCCGACGCGCAGCAGCAGAUGAGCAGAUCUCUGUACCAUCAGCUCUCAGACACUCCAGAAGCUCAACACGCUCGAGACGCCGCUCAGAUCCUCAGCCAGGUGAAGUAUAAGGAGAAGAUCAGCUCCUCGUCUCUUUACUCUCAACUCCCCGAGACUCCAGAGACGCGUCUGGCCAGAGAGGUCACGCAGGUCUGCAGCGAGGUCAGAUAUAAGGAGGACGGGAAGAGGGACGUGUCGUCCUGUCUGUACGCGCAGCUGCCUGAGACGCUGGAGACGCAGUUCGCCAAACAGCAGUGUGAACUCCAGAGCCAGAGUCAGUACCGCAGAGAGACGCAGGAGGAUCUGUCUCACUGUCUGUACUCUCAGCUGCCCGAGACGCUGCAGACUCAGUUUGUGAAGGAGCUGACGCCGCUCAUCAGUGAGAGCAAAUACAGAGAGUCGGCUAAGAAGGAGAGCGGCACGUCUCUGUAUCACACGCUCCCAGAGACCAAAGACACGCAACACGCCAGAGAGGCCGCAGAGAUCCAGAGCGAGGUCAGAUAUAAAGAAGGGAGGAAGCUGCAGUCGUCCAGCGUUUACUCUCAGCUGCCGCAGACGCCGCAGACGCAGUUCGCCGCCAAAGUGUCCGAGCUGCAGAGCGAUAACAAAUACAAGGAGGACGGCAGGAGGAGCGCCUGCAGCUGCCUUUACUCUCAUCUGCCCGAGACCGCAGAGACGCAGUUCGCUCGGACCGUGACUGACCUGCAGAGCGACAGCAAGUAUAAAGAGGCGGGAAGGAAGCAGGCGUCCAGCGCUCUGUACUCACUGCUGCCAGAGACCCUGGAGACGCAACACGCCAAAGACGCCACCGAGCUCCUGAGUCAGAGGAAAUACAAGGAGGAGGCCAAGAAAGAGGCUUCUGUUAGUCUGUACGCUCUUCUGCCAGAGACGACCGAGACUCAACACGCCAGAACCGCCUCUGAACUCCAGAGCGAGAAUAAGUACAAGCGGAGCGGCAAACAGGAGAACUCCAGCAGUAUUUACUCUCAGCUGCCACAAACGCAGGAGACGCAGUUUGCCAAACAGAUGGCGGAUCUUCAGAGUGAUAGUCAGUACCGCAGAGAGACGCAGGAGGAUCUGUCUCACUGUCUGUACUCUCAGCUGCCCGAGACGCUGCAGACUCAGUUUGUGAAGGAGCUGACGCCGCUCAUCAGUGAGAAUAAAUAUAAGGAGGAUGGAAAGAAGGAGAUGCAGAACAGCCUUUACUCCCGUCUGCCUCAGACCAGUGAGACCGAACACGCCCGCGAGCUCACACAGCUCUACAGCCAGAAGAGCUAUAAGGACUCGUGUAAACAGGAAGCGCAGGCGUGUCUGUACGCUCAGAUGCCGCAGACCAUCGAGACGGUGUUCGCUAAAGAAGUGUCCAAACAACAGAGUGACAAACUCUAUAAAGAGAAGUUUAACUCAGAGAAAGGCAAAUCAAACUACACACAGAUGAAGGAUCUGCCCGACGUCACACACGCCAUACAGGUCAACAAACACCAGAGCGACGUGGCGUAUCGCAGAGGGAAAGAGGAACUUCAUAAAUACAGUGAGGUGACGGACAGACCCGACAUCCUGAACGCCACACACGCCAGCAAACUCGCCAGUGACGUGGCCUACAGGAGCCGCGGUAAAGCCCAGACGUUUGACCAGCGGGCGCUGCUGGACCGACCCGACAUACAACACGCCAAACACGCCGCACAGCUGGCCAGUCAGGUGAACUACAAGCAGAAGUUUGAGAAAGAUCUGAGAGAACAGAAGCAACAGUACAACCCCAGCGAGUGUGUGAGCUUCAGACAGACACAGGCCGCGGCGGCUCUCGCCAGUCAGGUGAAGUACAGUCAGAAGAACCUGGAGGCCGUCACUGAUUUACCCAACCUGCUCCAUCUGGGUCACGCGCUCCACGCCAGCAAACUGCAGAGCAACGUGGAGUACAGGAAGAAGUAUGAGGAGUCUAAGGGGCGGUACCACGUCUCCCUGGACACGGCGGAACAGCGCCACCAUAAGGAGAACGCUGUGCUGCACAGUCAGGUGAAAUAUAAAGAGGAAUACGAGAAGACCCGAGGGAAGUCACAGAUGGAGUUCGUGGACACGCAGACGUAUAAAGUGUCGAAGGAAGCGCAGAGGAUCCAGAGCGAGAAGGAGUAUCGUAAGGAGUACGAGAGCGAGAUCAAGGGGAAGGUUCUGCUGGAGGCCGAUCUGACGCCCGCGUACCUGACGGCCCGUAACGCCAGCAGCCUCGUGAGCGAGAAGGAAUAUCGUAAGGAUCUGGAACAGGAAGUGAAAGGAAAAGGCCUGACGGGUCUGGAGGAAACGCCGGAUCUGGUGCGGGUGAAAAACGCUGGACACAUUCUCAGUGAGAAGGAAUAUCGUAAGGAUCUGGAACAGGAAGUGAAAGGGAAAGGCCUGACGGGUCUGGAGGAAACGCCGGAUCUGGUGCGGGUGAAAAACGCUGGACACAUUCUCAGUGAGAAGGAAUAUCGUAAGGAUCUGGAGUGUGAGAUCCGAGGGAAGAAAUCCGACGUCACCUCAGACAGUCUGGACAUCCAGAGAGCGAAGAGAGCGUCUGAGAUCAGCAGCGACGUGAGCUACAAACAGGCGUCUCAGCUGAGAGAAUCAUCAUACGGCACCGUGACGGACACACCUGCACUGCUGCACGCCGCUUACCUGAGAGACGUCUACAGCCAGAGGAAGUACCGCGGUGACGUGGAGCGUCUGAAGGCCUCGUGUUCUACUGCUUCAGACACGCCUGAGAUCCAGAGAGUGAAAAACAACCAGCGCAACAUCAGCGCACUCUUCUACACGUGGGACUCGCGGCUGAUGAAGGGUCUGACGUCGGCGCUCAAUGACACUCCAGAGAUCAGACUGGCCCGAGAAAACGCCAAGAACGUCAGUGACGUUCAGUACCGGGAGUCUGUGGGAUCAGGAACAGCCGUGACGGACACUCCUGAGAUGGAGCGGGUCCGCCGGAACCAGCACAACAUCAGCGCCGUCAAAUAUAAGAAAGCGAUCGAUCCAGUCAGUGUGGGCGUGACACCGGAGCUGGAGCGAGUCAAACAGAACCAGCAGAACAUCAGCUCGGUGCAGUACCAGCGGGGUUUGCAGGAGGUCAAAGGUCACUCCUGCUCAGAGUUGGACACGCCUGAAAUGAGGCGUGUGCGGAAAUCUCAGGAAUCUGUUUCCAUGGUAGCAGGACUGCGGCCACGCCUGCGUGUGACAUCACAGCAUUAACACGUGACUGACACAUCACACGGGUGACGAGCGAUGACACGCGUGUGCUAAUAAAGUCUCACAACUGUGCCAAAUAUCACGAGGAGUUCGAGCGCACGCGGGGUCGAGGCGCCACACACACCCUCGAUGAGCAGCACAUGGCGCGUCUCCAUGGAGACCAGGUGGGCGGCGGUUACCAUGGCGUCCAGCCGCAGGUGGUUGAGAUGGAC